AAGCCGUAACCGUUUAGCAUAAAUUUAAAUUUAAUAUUUCUUGGGCCCCUAAUAUUCUAGUUUCCUAAACAGCUAAGAACACCAUUUGACUGGGCAUCCCUAAUCGCCCAGAGAAUCGCACACGUUUCGAUGAGUUUUGAUAAGAAAACAAAGCAAACCGGUUGCUGGCCAAGUGAUUUUGGCCGAUUGCCGUCUGGCCAACACAAACAGCUGGCUGUCGGCAAUCGGGAAUCGAGCGUCGCGGAGAACACAACGCAGGCGCAGAAUGACGGCCAAGAUUAAGUUGAGGUCUCAGCUGCAUCUGCUGACGGGUUUCAUGGCCGGAUUCGUCCUGGCCUUCGUGCUGCUCUUGUACGUCUACGAUGUCAGCAGGGUGACGCCCUGUUGGAGCAGUUCCUCGACCAUGUCCACGAUGGCCACGGCCAGGAUGGAAGAUGUCCCGAACACGCCAAGGAUACUUUGCAUGGUGCUCACCUGUCCGGAAAAUGUGGAGAGCUUGGCCCGAACGGUCUACGAGACCUGGGGAAAGCGCUGCCACCACCUGAUCUUCGCCAGCAGCGAGGACUACGAGCCACUGGGCGUGGUCAGGGUGGUGGAACCAGGCGGCGGAGCCUACGAGGAUUUGUGGAACAAGACCCGCGAGGGAUUCCGCCAUGUUUGGGAGCUCUACGGUGGGGAUUACGACUGGUUCCUCAAGGCGGACGACGAUACGUAUAUGGUCAUGGAGAAUCUACAGCACCUGCUCAGCGGCUUCGAUCCGGAUACCCCCGUCUAUUUGGGCUACAAGAUGUCGCGAUAUAAUGUGAGCUAUAUGUCUGGCGGUGCUUCCUACGUUCUUAGUCGUCAGGCACUCCACCGAUUUAUGACAAAGGCCUAUGGGUCGGAGGUGAUUUGCCCACAGCCUAAAAAGAUGGGCAUCGAGGACUUUUACAUGGGCAUAUGCCUGCAGAAUGUGGGUGUCCAUUUUGUGGACUCCUCACAGGCCUUGGAUGGGGAUACGAAACCAAAGUUCAUGCCUCUGGACCUGGAGAACUACUUAAUGGAUGUCAAUUCAACCAUUCCGGAAUGGUUGCGCCUGAUGAGCUUCUCUCAAGUGGAAACUGGCUUGAGAUGUUGCUCCAACUACUCGGUGGCCUUUCAUUAUGCCAGUCGCGAACGCAUGUUUCUCUACGAGUUUCUGAUCUACCAUCUCAAAGUGUUUAAAGUUAACCAGAUUUCAGAAAGAAGUCAUAGCAGCCGAUUAAGCUUAUCUGAUUUGAUGAGACGAUUUCCCCUGGAAGAUAAUUCCAAUAUAAAAGACUUGCUGCAAAUGUCUGAGAAACCUGAUAAUUUUUAGUUACGUAAAGGUAUUUUUAAGUUGUUUAUGCAUGUGAUAUGAACUUAAGAGUUAAAUAUGUAUUUUAACUAUAAGGCACGUUACCUUUCCUUAAUUAAAACUUAUUUUUAUGACCUUUGAGCAAAUA